CGCUUACGCACACAUCACAUACGUCACCAUCUACGACUGCAAUGAAUCCGCAGCGAAUGAAACGGAGAUCAUACCGGCUUCUGUGAAGGGCUUGAUCGAAACGACCGCAAACACAUCGAUUGCGAAUUCCAAUUUUGCGAACUGCACUGGACAGUUUCUGUCUGGGAUUUACACGACUGCAUCGGUGGCCGUGUACUACUCCGAAUUCUUCAACCUCACCUCCACGGACGACCACAGUGGAGGGGCCGCAAUCAACGCAAAGGGCGCCGUGUAUGCGACCGACAGCUUAUUCCACAGCAACAGUGCCGCGAUGGGAGGAGCCGUCUGGGCGCAACUAACACCCAUGUUGUCGUACUGCGAGUUCAUAAACAAUACGGCAACGAAACAAAGUCAGGUAUGUGUUCUGUGA